UUGUGAUCUCCUUGCUUUAUUAUUCAAUGCAUGCCCACUUUGUUUAGUUGAACCUCCUUAAUGUGAGACAGUUAAUCUCAGUUAUCCAUAUAAACUAUUUGCUAAAAACGGUAAUCUUUUUGUUCUUUUAUUAUUAUUAUUAUACCUUAGUACAUGGUUUACCCUUCAUCAUUCUAUGUCCUUUCAUCAUGAUCUCAAAAGUCUAAACUGCUUCAACCUUGGCCCUCACUGAAAGCAGUGGUACUUAAUGCCAUUAAAAGUUAAAUCUUCUUUUAGGAAUACAAUACAAAAUUGUGAUCUAGAACCCUGAAGUAACUUUGCACUUUGGAUUGCUUUUGGGGGAUACUGGAUUGCUUUGUCUUGAUGAUUGGGUUUUACAUCUUAGGAGUUUCCUGAAGUACCACAAGCAGACAAAGGAUGCCAAAAUUGAUAUAGAAAUUGAAGUUAAAGGAAAGAACUAUUCUCUCUCACUACACACCCACACACACUCUCUCUCCACAUUCCACAUGCACAUGUUCCUGCUAUUCUUUUACUCAUCAUUUGCUGCAAAUUACUUUAGAGUCUUCUUUUUGUCCCAUUGUGACUAUUCUUACUCCUGGUCUUUUCAGUGAGAUAUCCAGGAAUGAUUAGUCCCUCAUUGCUUGUUUACAGGCCAUACCGUGCAUAGCUUCUGUGCCUUUGAAAUUGUGGCUGAGUAGUAAUUUUGCUUCUAUGGGUGAAUUUCUUGUAGAUGCAACAAUAUUUGAAGAUAAGAUGGGAGAGAAUGCUACUUCCAGUCCUGCUUUGCAAGUGUCUGUUUCUUUUGGAAGAUUUGAGAAUGAUUCCUUGUCUUGGGAGAGAUGGUCCUCUUUUUCUCCAAACAAGUACUUGGAAGAGGUUGAGAAGUGUGCCACACCUGGAUCAGUGGCCCAGAAGAGAGCUUACUUUGAAGCUCAUUACAAGAAGGUUGCUGCCCGAAAAGCCGAAUUGCUGGCUCAAGAGAAACAAUUUGAGAAAGAUUCUUUCAGAUCAGAAGACCAAAAUGGAAUAGAUCUGAGUGGAAACACUAGUGGUACUGAUGCAGAAUAUGAUAUAUCCAACACUCAAGGUUCCAUUGAAGGGGUUAAGCAAGAAACCGGUUCUGUUGGUGAGAUCCAUAGGACCCAUGUUAAUGAUUCUGAGGAAGAAGUUGCAGUUUCAAGGGAUUGUCAAAGUUCAUCACUUGAGGUAGAGAACAAGGAACUAGAAAGUAGAUCACAUAGUUCCUUCCAGAUAGAUGAACAUAAAGAAGAUGUGUGCAUGAAACAAGAAGAAAGUCUUAACAGUGAAGCUGAAAAUGUGAAGGAAGUUUCACACGUUGUGUACAAGGAGACAGGAAAGGUUUCAGAAGUUAAAGCAAAAGAUGUGAAAUUGUAUCAUCCAAAGGAAUCUAAGGUUAACUCUGUGAAAAGGGAUAGCAAUGCAACCAAGACUAAGAAGAAAUCGAUGCUACCUACAUCUAAGGCAUCCCAAAUUUCCACCCUAAAAAGUUCAAAGCCUACAUCAACUCCUACGAAAACAGUGACACCUUCUUCAACUAAAAAGGGAAAUUCUUCAUCUUUAUCUAGGAGGCAAAUUACUUCCAGUGUGGAAAACAAAAAAAUUGCUAACAAAUCUUUGCACAUGUCUCUGAGCUUGGGUCCAAAUAAUCCUGAUCCAGCUCCUCAUACUGCUAUGAGGAAAUCUUUAAUUAUGGAGAAAAUGGGGGAUAAGGACAUAGUCAAACGAGCAUUUAAGACAUUCCAGAACAGUUUCAACCAGCCAAAAUCUUCUGGUGAAGACAUAUCUUUGAUAAAGAAGCAGCAGGUUCCAUCAAGGGUGACUGUGUCAAAGGUUCCGACAGCUACAGCUUUGAGGAAAGAAAAUGGACGGUCAACUAAGGUUGAGAAUAUUGAUAAAAGAAAUGGAAAUGUUGUACGAACUACUCUGGGCCCAAAAAGUGACAUUAGAGCUGAGAAAGGGAAAGAGUCUCCAAGAAAAAUAGAGGAAAAAUCUAAUGCAAAAGAGGUAGACAGAAUGCGUCUCCAAUCAAAAUUGAAGGAGGGAAAAGAGGAAGAAAUGAAAAGGCUAAAACAUAAUGUCAAGGCCACACCCUUACCAGCUCUUUACCGUGGUCAAAAAGCAUCAAAAAGUCGUCUAGAAAAGGGUGAUGCUAAAACUGAGAAAUCUCGGUAGCCCCACAAGUGGUCAAGAUGAAGAAAGAGGGAAGAAAAGAGGUCAAAUAAUACACCAGUGUGUCAGGUAGAUCCGUAUGUUCAGGGGAAAGGUUUAUGGAAACAGUUUAACGCUAUGAUACUUUUGUUUAGUACGCAAUAAGGGAGCAAUCUUAUAGUUAAAUAGGAGCUUAUGAAUAUUAUGAGGAGAAGAGGAAGGCAUCAUUUAUUGAUGAUAAUUUUCUUCCUAGCACCCUUCCUAGGCAAUAUUUUGGUUAGAAAACAAUAUUGUAUAAUGUAUCUAAUGUGAAAAAUGCAUAUAUCGCUUGUAAUUGGCUGCAUCAUUUUUCUUCUUGUCUAUCCAUUCUAUGGAUGAUUGAUAUAGUUUCCAAUGUGUUGUAGACCAUGUAUCUCUAAAAAGCUAAGGUGAUAUAAACCUUGUCAGUCUAUAGAGUUCAACUCACCCAUCUACCCCUUCACAUGCAAAGAUGCAAGACUUGUUGCAUUGGGAAACAUGAUUGAAGAAUUUUCAGAAACAUGGAACAAGAUAAUUAAGUGGAUUACACAAUGCAGAUUAAGUUCAGUAUCAAGUUUGACACACUUUAUGUUCUGUGCAAUAUACACUGUGAUCAGAAAUAAAUCUUGCUGGCUAUGCUAUCUACAUGAGGAAGAACUCUUGCACUAGCAACUUGGAAUUUUGAACAAUUGUACAAAAACUCUCCUACUUCCUAUUCUUUUUUUGUUUAUUAUGCUUUCUUUUUGUUUUCCCUUCAAUUUUGUAGUCAAGCUUAAAGUAAAAAAAAAAAACAUUUAUGCAUACAAUUAUGAAGAUGUCUAAUACUU